AUGGCUCAUCUUUAUGAACUUGCGAACUUCGUUGACGCCCCAUACAACAAUGGCUGGAAAGAGGGCGACCAAGCCAAAUAUCCCAACACGCCAGCCUUUCAAGGAUUCAAUCAACCAUGUCGAAUUGAAGGCGAGAUUGCCGACCUGCAGGUUGAUGGUAUGAUCCCGAAGGAGAUCAAUGGCACAUUCUAUAGGAUCCAACCAGAUCACCGUUAUCCUCCCUCAUACGAAGAAGAUAUUCACUUCAGCGGAGAUGGGAGCAUAACCGCUAUUCGCAUUCAAGAUGGGCAUGUAGACUUUAAGCAGCGCUAUGCCAGGACAGACAGGUUUCUAGCAGAAACAGCUGCCAGGACAAGCCUCUUUGGCAAAUAUCGCAAUCCUCAUACCGACUCGGAGGCGGUUAAGGGCGUGAUCCGAACAGUCGCCAAUACGAACAUCAUAUUUUGGCGCGGAAUGCUUUUAGCAACGAAAGAGGAUGGACCGCCGUACGCGCUGGAUCCUGUGACUUUGGAAACCAUCGGGCGCUAUGACUUCGAGGGCCAAGUUCGAUCUCCGACAUUCACGGCACAUCCGAAAUUUGAUCCGGAGACGGGCGAAAUGAUCUGUUUUGGAUAUGAAGCAGGAGGGAACGGCUCUGACGGCUCUUGCGAUAUUGUCGUUUACACCAUUGGUGCUGACGGUAAGAAGACCGAAGAAGCCUGGUACAAGUCCCCGUUCUGUGGCAUGAUCCACGAUUGCGGCAUUUCGAAGAAUUAUCUGGUUCUUCCGAUGACGCCUUUGAAAUGCUCUGUCGAUCGCCUGAAGAGCGGUGGCAACCACUGGGCUUGGGACCCUCAGGAAAGCCAAUGGUAUGGAAUUGUGCCAAGGAGGGGCGGCAAGCCCGAGGACAUUGUUUGGCUUCGAGCCGAGAAUGGUGAGAUUUCCCCCCGGUUGUUCCAUAUACCAAUACUAAGACGCUGUGCAGCCUUCCAUGGUCAUGUUGCCGGAUGCUAUGAAAAUGAAGACGGCCAUAUCGUGUUCGACAUCACGGUGUCAGAUGGCAAUGUUUUCUUCUUCUUCCCGCCCGACGAAGAACAAACAAGCAAUUUAGCGGCAAGAAACCGUUUGCAAAGCGUCACCCAUCGCUGGGUAUUUGACCCAAAGAGUGAAUCAGGCUCAUAUGUUCAACCUGAGAUCCGUUGGAACACCAAUGGUGAAUUCUCCCGCAUAGACGACCGCUUUGUCACCAAAAUGUACAAUCAUUUCUGGCAGGCAUGCAUUGAUGGAUCAAGAGAAUACGACGCUGCCGAGUGCGGCCCUCCUGCUGGAGGUCUAUUCAAUUGCCUCGGUCAUCUUACCUGGGAUGGCCAGAAGGAGGAUGUUCUUUGGGCUGGCCCACGAGCGACUUUCCAGGAGCCAACAUUUAUUCCGAAAAGAAACGGCGGGGAGGGUGAGGGUUGGAUUAUCGCCCUUGUGAAUCGCCUCGAUGUGCUUCGCAAUGAUAUCGUGAUUGUUGACGCGCUACAUGUCGCAAAGGGGCCGGUUGCUGUAAUCCAUCUCCCCUUAAAAUUGAAGCUGGGAUUGCAUGGGAACUUUGUGGAUCACCGCGAUAUUUUAGCUUGGCAGCAACGGAGAGCUCCUGGAGGCGAUGUUGGUCCAGUUCAACCGGCUCAGAAGCCACUGGAGUGGCAGCUUGAGUUUUUGAAGGAUUAA